CGCCGACCACCGCACCAACAGAACAUACACAAAAUCUCAAGUAACGCUGUCACUGCGACAUAUCUCUUGUACCAAAUCACCAAAAAUCACAAAUAUGUCCGAGGCUUUCUUUGACGAGUACGACUACUACAACUUCGACCACGACAAGCACAUCUUCUCCGGGCACAGUGGCAAGCAACGCACCAAGAAGGAGGUGAGCGAACACACCAACCACUUCGACCCGUCCGGCCAUUCCAGAAAGAUCGUGACCAAGCUGGUUAACACUGAGAACAAUAAGAAAGCUGCGAACAAGCACUAGAUGGGGUUUUGACUGACGACUAUGGCGUGCCGAAGGAUUGUCGAAUUGCCGAGCGAGAGGGGUUUGUGGCGGAUACCUGAAGAGAGUGAAGGCGUCCGCUCGUUGCAGAGAUCAGUGGAACAUCCGAGGCGGUUUUUGCUGACGCAGAGCUUCUACCAAGCGCGACAGCAAGCUUGCCGGGGGGCCCCGCGCCUCCGACCGCCGCGACAGAGGUAACUCACCCACUAUUGGACUCAACACCGUUCCACCGACGGAUCUCAACUCUCAACUGGGCUUGUUCUAGAGCCCAAAAUUUGCUGUGUUAUUAAUUCCUAGUUAGAUUAUUACUUUUAUUUGUAUCUUUACUGAGGUGCACGGACUGUAAUAAUUAAUUUAAGGUUAAUAAAUGCCUAGUACUACUAAUUUA